GGAAGAAGGAUGUGUUGCGCAUGCGCCCGCUUGGUGGGCGGAUACGGGAAAAGGAAUGUACCUCAUGAAAAUAAUUCCAACAGGUAGAGACAAGGGUCGCCAUUAAUGAUAUCAUCCUGACCGGAGGGUGUUGCUGCUGAUGUGGCUGCAGAGUGAUGGACCUGUCGAAGCGAGUGUCGUUGUGGUCGGUUGAAGAAGUGUUGGAGUGGCUGCAGGAUCAGCACCCGACCCUCAUGGGCACGCUCCAGAAGGCCAUAAUUAAACACGCCAUAUCAGGCCGUGUGUUGCUGAGAUUAAAGGACCAUCACCUGGAGCUCCUCGGGGUGGAGUCUGAGGAGCUGCAGCAGGACAUCUUGCAGGACCUCCUCCUCCUCAGAGUGCAAGAAGAAAUCACUGAACUCAACAACCUCUGCUCCGAGUGUUUUUCUUCAUAGCGGCAAAUAAAUAUCAUCCAGAGAAAUGCGGCAUAUUUUUUUUAUUUUCCAUUCAUCCAUUCAUGUGAAGGAGGGAGAAAAGUGGGAGUGAUGGAAACAACAAGAGAAGGUGAAAGAGAAAGAAGAAUCGAUGGCGAAUGAAGAGAGAAAGAAACCCAUUUCCUGCGUGUAAUCUGACCUGUGCAGAUGGAUGAGAUUAGUUUUUACGAGCGUCUUUCUCUUGAGGCCGACUGUCUAUUAGUCUCUGUCUUUCUCUCCGGCGGGUUUACAUCCCAUCAGUGGGUCAGGAAAUACUUUUAGCUAAAACCACUUUGAUCAAGACUGACACAUCUCAACAGCUACUGAAUGAAUCGUAAUGAACCUUUGCACGGACGAUCAUCAUCAUCAUCAUCAUCAUCCCUCGUGGAUGAAUUGUAAUCUGUUAUUGUUUCCUACAGCAUCAUCAUCAAGUCAAAAGUUUCCAACACUUUGGUUGAUGCUAAAUGAAAGUUUAGGUGGUUAUGUUCUAGUGGGACAUAAGGGAUUAUUUUUACGAGUCUAUACAUUGUUUUGUUACGGGGGAAAAAGCUGCAUAUUAUACCUUUAAUGUGAUUAAUCCUGUAUUAACUGGUCCAAACUAUUCAUUUUAUUAUUAUGCCCUAUUUUAUGUAUUGGCAUCAAUAUCACUCCACAUGUGUGUUGCAUACAGUAAAAGGUCAUGUCUA